UGACAGCAUUUGCUAAAUAUGAGGCAAUCACAAGACACUAAUCCAGCUGUCCUUUCAGAUUGUUUUUGUCAGGUGAGUUUUGAGGGAGGGACAUGAUUAGCUUUUUGUGCUUCAGUAUUUUUUUCUCCUUUAUUGAGUCAUCAUUUGAAUUGGGCGUCGGAUUAUGGUACCAGGAAUUACUGUCGUCAAAGUGCUUUGAAGAACAUGUCAACACUCAUGCUGUUGCAUCCAAUAAGCGUCGUGACGCACUCUUCAUGAAUGAUGUCAUCUGCAGACACCUGACAACCAGUCGUUCGCUGAUCUUUCUGACACAUUCUGCAAGGUGAAGAAAAGAUGCUAGUGAAAAGUUCUUAAGUCUCGUCAUCGAAGUGAUGGAUCAUUUUGUGCGGGAUGAUCACUACUGCUCCCCAUGAAUCU